CUGGGCGGCGCGCCGGGCAGCCCGAGCCGCGCGCCCCGCGCUGUAACCGGACACCGAGCGCUCGCCCCCCGCGCUGGGCCACUUUCCAUUCACUCCGAGGUGCUGGGUUGAGCGACGCGGGCCAGGGGUGCCGUGGCACGGCCGCGCCGGGAUUCCUUUCCCCAGAAACUCAGAGGACCUGGCAGGAGGAAUUCCUCUGCUGGGACGUUCUAGAAAUUAGUCUUCUGGGAAAGGGAUUUGAUUCACAGGCCGAUCUAAACCGGGAACUAACUGAUGAGUUUUCCGUGCUGACUCCUUCCAACUCCGGUGUUUUCCCUUGGAUAGUAACUAGCAAAUCUGAAGAAAUGGCAUUGUGGGCAAUUCGCGUGUUGGUAGGAGUAUUUGCUUACUAUAGCUGUGUGAAAGGAUCUUCCCAGCCUCAAGCAAGAGUUUAUUUAACGUUUGAUGAACUUCGGGAAACGAGGACCUCUGAAUAUUUCAGCCUCUCUCACCACCCAUUAGACUACAGGAUCUUAUUAAUGGAUGAAGAUCAAGACCGGAUAUAUGUGGGCAGCAAAGAUCACAUUCUUUCCUUGAAUAUUAACAAUAUAAGUCAAGAGCCUUUGAGUGUUUUCUGGCCAGCAUCUACAAUCAAAGUUGAAGAGUGCAAAAUGGCUGGCAAGGAUCCCACACAUGGCUGUGGAAACUUUGUCCGCGUUAUUCAGGCUUUCAACCGCACUCAUUUGUAUGUUUGUGGGAGUGGUGCUUUUAGUCCAGUGUGUACUUAUGUGAACAGAGGGAGACGAUCAGAGGACCAAGUUUUUAUGAUUGACUCCAAGUGUGAAUCUGGAAAAGGACGCUGCUCUUUCAACCCCAAUGUGAACACAGUGUCAGUUAUGAUCAAUGAGGAGCUCUUCUCUGGAAUGUAUAUUGAUUUCAUGGGGACAGAUGCUGCUAUUUUUCGAAGUUUAACUAAGAGAAAUGCAGUCAGAACCGAUCAGCACAAUUCCAAAUGGCUCAGUGAACCUAUGUUUGUGGAUGCACAUGUCAUCCCAGAUGGUACUGAUCCAAAUGAUGCUAAGGUUUACUUCUUCUUCAAAGAAAAACUCACUGACAGUAGCAGGAGCACCAAGCAGAUCCAUUCCAUGAUUGCUAGAAUAUGUCCUAAUGAUACUGGUGGACUACGCAGCCUUGUCAACAAGUGGACCACGUUCUUGAAGGCGAGGCUGGUCUGCUCAGUAAUGGACGAAGAUGGCCCAGAAACACAUUUUGAUGAGUUAGAGGAUGUGUUUCUCCUGGAAACUGAUAAUCCACGGACAACAUUAGUAUAUGGCAUCUUUACAACAUCAAGCUCAGUUUUUAAAGGCUCAGCGGUGUGUGUGUAUCACUUAUCUGAUAUUCAGACUGUGUUUAAUGGACCUUUCGCCCACAAAGAAGGGCCCAACCAUCAGCUGAUUUCCUAUCAGGGCAGGAUACCAUAUCCUCGUCCUGGAACUUGCCCAGGAGGAGCAUUUACACCCAAUAUGCGAACGACAAAGGAGUUCCCAGAUGAUGUUGUCACUUUUAUUCGGAACCAUCCUCUCAUGUACAAUUCCAUCUACCCAAUCCACAGAAGGCCACUGAUUGUACGCAUUGGUACCGACUACAAAUACACAAAGAUCGCUGUGGAUCGAGUCAAUGCUGCUGAUGGUAGAUACCAUGUCCUGUUUCUUGGAACAGACCGAGGCACUGUACAAAAGGUGGUUGUUCUUCCCACCAACAGCUCUGCCAGUGGUGAACUCAUUCUGGAGGAAAUGGAAGUUUUUAAGAAUUAUGCUCCCAUUACAACCAUGAAAAUUUCAUCUAAAAAGCAACAGCUGUAUGUGAGCUCCAAUGAAGGGAUUUCCCAAGUGUCCCUGCAUCGCUGCCACAUCUACGGCACAGCCUGUGCUGACUGCUGCCUGGCAAGGGACCCUUACUGCGCCUGGGAUGGCCAUUCUUGCUCUCGAUUCUACCCUACUGGGAAGCGGAGGAGCCGAAGACAAGAUGUGAGACAUGGAAAUCCAUUGACUCAAUGCAGAGGAUUUAAUCUAAAAGCUUACAGAAAUGCAGCUGAAAUUGUUCAGUAUGGGGUAAAAAAUAACACCACUUUCCUGGAGUGCACCCCCAAAUCUCCACAGGCAUCUAUCAAGUGGCUGCUACAGAAAGACAAAGAUCGGAGAAAAGAGGUCAAGCUGAAUGACCGAAUCAUUGCCACUCCACAAGGGCUUCUGAUCCGUUCCAUUCAGAACUCUGACCAAGGACUCUAUCACUGCAUUGCAACAGAAAACAGUUUCAAGCAGACCGUGGCCAAGAUCAACUUCAAAGUUUUGGAUUCAGAUAUGGUGGCAAUUGUAACAGACAAAUGGUCUCCAUGGACCUGGGCCAGCUCUGUGCGGGCUUUACCCUUCCACCCGAAGGACAUCAUGGGGGCAUUCAGCCACUCAGAAAUGCAGAUGAUUAACCAGUACUGCAAAGACACUCGGCAGCAACAUCAACACGGUGACGAGUCCCAAAAGCCACGAGGGGACUAUGGCAAGUUAAAGGCUCUCAUCAACAGUCGGAAAAGUCGGAACAGGAGGAAUCAGCUGCCGGAAUCAUAAUGCUUUCUCACGUCUGGAGCUGGUGCUU